GUCUACCUAACAUGGCUAACUCGCACCAGUAGCACUGGUAGCAAUUUGAGGAAAGCCGUCAAGCUUUUGUCAAAUUCACUAGCGGUAUCAUAUUCCCUGGCCAUUGUAUUGCAGAGAAUUGUUUAUUGGAGCGUCUGUUGUUUCACUACUACUGCGGGUCGUUGGAGUUUCACGAUCGAUAGACCUGGCUUCUCGUGAUAUUUUGGCCUUUGAGGGGGGGCUCCACUGAGCAGGGGCCCAAACUGUAGCAAUAGGGACCUUCAUCUUGUUUACUGAGUCCUCUGGAGACUCCUGGGUUGUCCAGCCAAGAUGUCCUCCAUCUUGCCAUUUACUCCUCCUGUGGUGAAGAGGCUUUUGGGCUGGAAGAAGUCAACCAACGGACCCGGUGGAGCGGGUGGCGGAGAACAGAAUGGCCAGGAGGAGAAAUGGUGUGAAAAGGCUGUAAAGAGUUUAGUGAAGAAGCUCAAGAAGACAGGACAGCUGGAUGAGCUGGAGAAAGCUAUAACCACGCAGAACUGCAACACUAAGUGUGUCACCAUCCCCAGCAAUUGCUCAGAAAUAUGGGGACUGAGUUCACCAAAUACGAUAGAGCAGUGGGACACAUCAGGCCUUUACAGCUAUUCGGACCAAACAAGAUCCCUUGAUGGCCACUUUCAGGGGUCCCACAGGAAGGGGCUUCCCCAUGUUAUCUAUUGCCGUUUGUGGCGGUGGCCAGAUCUCCACAGCCACCAUGAACUGCGUGCAAUCGAGGCCUGUGAGUAUGCCUUUCACCUCAAGAAGGAUGAGGUCUGCAUCAACCCCUACCAUUAUCAGAGGGUCGAGACUCCAGUUCUGCCUCCAGUUCUUGUGCCAAGACACUCUGAAAUUCUGACAGAGUUGCCACCUCUGGAUGACUACACUCAUUCCAUACCCGAGAACACAAACUUUCCUGCAGGAAUUGAUCCUCCAAAUAACUACAUACCAGAAACGCCUCCGCCUGGUUACAUCAGUGAGGAUGGAGAGGCCAGUGAUCAACAGAUCAAUCAAAGCAUGGAUACAGGUUCUCCAGCAGAGAUGUCUCCCAGCACUCUGUCACCUGUCAAUCACAGUAUGGACCUGCAACCAGUGACUUACUCAGAACCGGCUUUUUGGUGCUCAAUAGCCUACUAUGAGCUAAACCAACGUGUUGGGGAGACCUUCCAUGCCUCACAGCCCUCGUUGACUGUCGAUGGAUUUACAGAUCCAUCCAACUCUGAGCGAUUCUGCUUAGGUCUGCUGUCUAAUGUCAACAGAAAUGCCACUGUAGAGAUGACGCGAAGGCAUAUAGGAAGAGGUGUUAGACUCUACUACAUUGGCGGAGAAGUGUUUGCUGAGUGUCUGAGUGAUAGUGCCAUCUUUGUCCAGAGUCCAAACUGCAAUCAGCGGUAUGGAUGGCAUCCAGCAACAGUGUGUAAAAUUCCGCCAGGUUGUAAUUUAAAAAUCUUUAACAAUCAAGAAUUUGCAGCUCUGCUAGCCCAGUCUGUGAACCAGGGCUUUGAAGCGGUGUACCAGCUCACUCGGAUGUGCACCAUCCGUAUGAGCUUCGUCAAAGGCUGGGGAGCAGAGUACAGAAGGCAGACGGUUACGAGCACUCCGUGCUGGAUCGAGUUACAUUUGAAUGGUCCUCUACAGUGGCUCGAUAAGGUCUUGACCCAGAUGGGUUCCCCGUCUGCACGCUGCUCCAGUAUGUCUUAAAACAAGGAUGAAACGCCACACUCCUCGAAAGAAAAUGGUUACAAAGAUCAAAUUUCAAUUGAGUCCCAUCUUUCAAAUCCCAGCAAAACAAUUUGUGUUCAUUGCAUAGUAUUUGUUCCCCUUCUCCACAGAGCUCAAUAGAAUUUGGCACUUUGUUAGUCAUCUUUCAUGCACCUUGUUCAACUGCUUCUUCCCAAAUCGUGUAUUACAUCUAUUUGAGGUACAAAUACAUUGUAAAGUAUUCUUGUCCAGGAAGUAGGCGAAAUACCAAAAAUGUAAGAAUAUUUCUCACUCCAUGGCUUGUGUGCUAAGAUAUUUGCUCUGGACCUUCUCUCAAGUAUUGUUCUGAGCAUAUGUUUUCAUUUCUCAAAGAAAUAUUGCCCAUGUUUUGUCAGGGUUCAGGGAGCUUAUUGAAGGUAGCCAUGGAGUGGAACCUUUUUUUUUUUUUUUUUUUAAACAAAAAAACAAUGAAAUCAACCUCACUGUAUGCUAGACUUGAAUCCCCUACCCCCCUUUUUUUUUUCUUUUUUAAACUCGUGUCGUUAUAAGACAUACUACUUAACUGACAAAUAGGAAUGUUGGUUUAAAAAUCCCAAACCCUAAACAAACUGAAAGUUCAGUGUGUUUGUUAAUUUCUUUGUCAUUAUAUGGCAGUAUUUGUCCAUGGUGAAGUUCACUCUCAUCCCAACAUCCAGCCUGGUUUACAAAUGAGGCUUUGAGGGUUGCACUUGGCAGGGACCAGAGAAUAUCAACUAUUAGCAAGAGCUUCUUUUGUCUCACUUUCCAAGAGGCAUUUAAUCGUCACAUCAGGAUCAAUUGAAGUUAUCAAUGAGUAUUCAUCAUUGGUUUUAGCCUAUAUCCCAAUUGUUUUGCUACUUCUUUGUAUUCUCAUGUAUUUUUAUAUAUAAAUCUAUGUAAAAUGUUCUCAUAGAGUGAUAUUUUCAAAAACACAGCUGCCAGCAAAACUAACCUGGGGGCUGAGGAUCAUUCCUUUAUUUGGCCUGAAAGGUUCAGCUGACAUUAAUUUCCUUCCAUCUGUGACUCCUUGCUUCAGUGGAAAAAAAGUAUUUGCUACUUUGCAAUGGCCCUUCCUUCAUCUCUUUACAACAACCACCUUUUUGUGCUUCAUCAAGAUUUACUGUCAGCUAGCUUUCGAAGUGUUCUCAGAACAUGGGAGAUUGCUUUUCUUUCUUCCCAAAGAAAAGUGCUAAUGUGCCCCCUCACUGGGACUGUUGGUGUUAAGUGUAUUGUAUUUGUUCUGUCUAUAAAAUAUAGUAAAACAAUA